AUAGGGACACAGAAGGAAAAACUGGAAAGUGAGGAAGUUUAUUCUCAGAGAAGAUCCCGCAUACCUGCACUACUAUGAUCCAGCUUCGGGGGAUAAUGAACCUUUGGGAUCGAUUCACUUGAGGGGCUGUGUAGUGACCGCAGUAGAGGGUCUGGCUGAUGCAAAAAAACAAGAAGUCGAUGGAAACCUUUUUGAAAUCAUCACAGCCUCUGAGAUACAUUACUACUUGCAGGCUGCAUCAACAGAAGAGCGCAAAGAGUGGAUUAAAGCUAUUCAAGCUGUCUCCAAAAUUGGAAAAU